GUAAAUAAUAUAGGAACAAAAUUUGCAAGACUAAGAACUUCUGGUGGAUAUAUGAUUGGCUCUGUUUUAACUAAAACUAAUGAGACUCAUCGUGAUAAUUCAUGUAUUAGAUAUGAGAUUUUGGUUAACCAAUCUGGUAAACAAGCUGCUUUAGAGAUUCAUUAUGGCAGAGUUUUGUUUUAUUUUGUUCAUGAAUAUUCUGGACAAAAAUAUAUGCUUGCUUAUGUAGAACAUGCACAUGAUGUUAAGCAUGGUUUAUAUGAUUUAAAAACAUUUUCGAAAUUUGGAGUGCAUGAAUGGAUUUCAGCAUCUA